AUCUAUAGCCGUCUCUCUCCAACUCUUAGGCCUUAGCUAUAGCCUAUAGUGGUGUGGAGCCCACCACUAUAGCCUAUAGCCAUAGCUGGACCUUUGCUUUGCUGGCUUCAAGCUCUCCAUUGUUGGUCUUUUAUGGGUUUUGUCUGCGGAGAAUGAGAGAGAGUUUCCGUUCCACCAAUCCUCAACGCAUAGACUCUGGUAUUUCUCAAAGUUCCCCCAUUUUACCUUUGUUCUCCUUCUUCAACUCUGUCAUCAUCCGCAGACCACUACAAAGCAAACACAAUAAAGACCAAUUUUUUGCUCUUAUUGGAUUCGAUGGAUCCACAGAUCUAGUCUAAUGCCUGGUCGCGCCCUCAUGAGCUUCUUCUCGCUCUUUCCAGAUCCUCCUCUUAUUGAGCUGUAACCCGCGGUAGCUUUCAAAAACCUGCCAACUUAUUGGGGUUUUCUUUUUACAAGAGGAAACAAAGAUGGGCUUCAGAUUAUAGGACUGAAUUGCUUCUUUGGUUCAAUUCUCCUACUGAAUUCAACUGUAAAGUGUGAUUAUAGUGCUGUGAAGUUGAGAAGAACAGAAUACAGAAUUGGGUUUUUGGGUCAGUUGUUUUUGAUGUGGAUGAGAAUUUUGAGGGUUGUUUAGAUGAGAUGAGGGAUGUUAUCGGAGUUGAUGAACUUUUUGAGGGCCUGUUUUCGGCCGAGGUCCGAUCGAUAUGUUCAUGGGGGUUCCGAUGCAGGGGGGCGCCAAGAUGGGCUAUUUUGGUACAAAGACAGCGGACAGCACUUGAAUGGUGAAUUCUCUAUGGCUGUAGUCCAGGCCAACAAUUUGCUUGAGGACCAGAGCCAGCUGGAGUCUGGCAGUUUGAGCUCGCAUGAGACUGGCCCCUAUGGUACCUUUGUUGGUAUCUAUGACGGGCAUGGCGGGCCUGAGACAUCACGCUAUAUCAAUGUUCACCUAUUUCAGCAUCUGAAGUGGUUUACUGCAGAGCAACAAUCGAUGUCAAUGGAUGUGAUACGGAAAGCAUUUCAAGCAACAGAAGAUGGGUUUUUGUCUCUUGUUACCAAACAAUGGCCAGUGAAGCCACAGAUUGCAGCCGUUGGGUCAUGUGCUCUUGUUGGCAUUAUUUGUGGGGGAACCCUUUACAUUGCCAACCUUGGUGAUUCCCGUGCUGUCCUGGGAAGAGUGGUGAGGGCAACAGGGGAGGUUUUAGCCAUCCAAUUGUCGAUGGAGCACAAUGCUUGUAUAGAAUCUGUGAGGCAGGAGCUGCAUUCUUUGCAUCCCAAUGACUCACAAAUUGUAGUAUUGAAACAUAAUGUAUGGCGUGUAAAAGGUCUUAUACAGAUUUCUAGAUCAAUUGGUGAUGUAUAUUUAAAAAAGGCCGAGUUCAACAGGGAGCCUUUAUAUUCUAAGUUUCGCCUUCGGGAACCUUUCGAAAGGCCAAUACUUAGUUCUGAACCAGCAAUUUCAGUGCACCAAUUGCAACCACAUGAUCAAUUUAUUAUCUUUGCAUCUGAUGGGCUGUGGGAGCACCUUAGCAAUCAGGAAGCAGUUGAUAUAGUUCAAAAUCAUCCACAUAGUGGAAGUGCAAGAAGGCUAGUAAAAGCUGCUUUGCAAGAAGCCGCAAAGAAGAGAGAAAUGAGGUAUUCGGACUUGAAGAAGAUCGACCGUGGUGUCCGCCGCCACUUCCACGAUGAUAUCACAGUGAUUGUUGCCUUUGUAGACUCAAAUCUCGUAAGCAGGGCUAGCUCAGUCAGGUGCCCUACUAUAUCCGUGAGAGGGGGUGGUAUAAACCUUCCUAACACACUAGCACCUUGUACGACGCCAACUGAAGCUGGCAAUACCUAGUUAAGAUGUAUCUCGUGUCUGUUGUACUAUUUCCUGUGUGAAUACCAGGUAGCUAUCCGAAGAGAUCGCAUGAGCCGGCCUUCAAUUCUUUAGUGUACACCGUAACUUUUAACUGUAUUUAGCAUCUGUGCCAAAAAUGAAAAGAAACCAGAGAAAGACAACAUUUCUAGGUGACA